UCGUGGCUCACAACGGCGUCGUCUGUUAUACUCUGCGUCGGUCUGUCGUUGUAGCUCGUCGUGCUCGUGUAUAAUUGAAACGUAAAACAGAUAUCUCAUACUAGCAAUGGCUGGCGGAAAAACUGGCAAAGACUCCGGUAAGGCAAAAGCCAAAGCGGUCUCACGUUCAGCGAGAGCAGGCUUACAGUUCCCUGUUGGAAGAAUUCACAGGCAUUUGAAAAACCGAACAACAAGUCAUGGACGUGUUGGUGCUACGGCUGCUGUUUAUAGCGCCGCCAUUUUGGAAUAUUUAACCGCUGAGGUAUUGGAAUUGGCGGGUAAUGCAUCUAAAGAUUUAAAAGUAAAACGUAUCACACCUAGGCAUUUACAACUUGCAAUUCGUGGUGACGAAGAAUUGGACAGUCUUAUUAAAGCUACCAUUGCUGGAGGAGGUGUUAUCCCACAUAUCCACAAAUCACUUAUCGGCAAAAAGGGUUCACAAAAGCCAGCAUAAUUUAAUAAUAAUAAUCCUAAUAAUAUUAAUAAAUAAAAUAAAAUAAAGUAAAUAACAAUAA